AUGAGUGAUUGGAAGGAGGCACAGGACUCCACGGGGCGUGUUUACUACUAUAAUUCGAAGGGGGAAACGUCAUGGAAUAAGCCCAACGACACGCCAGUUGAGCUGGAACCGCGACUCGAAGAAUGUGGCUGGAAAGUGGCAACGACGGAGGACGGUAACGUGUACUAUUACAACAGGGAAACUGGCGAAAGCAGGUGGGAGAAGCCGGAGUUGGAGCCAGCCGAGGAGGUGCCCCGGGAAGAGGACGAGCGCGCGCCGGAGGAGGAGAAGAACGAGCCGUCCGCUGCUGAGGAGCCCGGGGUCCGGAUCGAGCUGCUGCUCAACUCAAACCAGAAGUACCACAAUCAGUCCCGAGUGCUGAAUGUGACGGUGGAGAAGGACAUGCAGGCAGCAGAGCGGCUAUUUCUGCGAAUGCUGAAAGAGCACCAGGUGGAUUCCACCUGGUCUUUCAACAGGAUCAUCUCAGAGCUGAGCUGCCAGGACCCCCGCUACUGGUGCGUGGACGACGAUCCACUGUGGAAGCAAACCACAUUUGAGAAGUACUUGACCACUCGGACGGAGGAUCAGCUGCUCAAGGAGCACACAGCGGUAAGUAAGUUUAAGGAUGCGUUUCUUGCGAUGCUGCGAGAGCGGAACGACAUACACUAUUAUACCCGGUGGCCGACAGUGCGACGCCUGAUUGCAAAUGAGCCGAUUUAUAAGCAUUCUGUGAUGAGCGAGAAAGUAAAACGAGAGACUUUCCAGGAAUAUGUCUCUCAGUUGGCUGAAGAACACAAGAAAAACUAUACCAAGACACGCACCGCGGCGCUGGAAGAGCUGCGGCAAUACCUAAGGAGCAUCAUCACGGACCGGAACAAUCUUCUGACAUGGGCGGAGUUGGAGAAGCAGUAUCUGUUCACCAAUGCCCGUUUUGUUGCAAACAAACACUUUGAGACCCUUGAGAAAGUUGAUAUCUUGCGCGAGUAUAUCGAGAUCGUUACGAAAAUCAUAUCGGAUUACGAUUCCGAGAUUGAUGCGCUGUCGCGCGUGAACUACACCAGCGACCGUAUUGCGCGUGACGCAUUCAAGGAGCUUCUGAGCGAGCAUAAGGCGUCCAUACGCUACAACACCUCCUGGAACAGCAUAUACCAACUUAUAAAAAACGACCCGCGCUUCUUGAACACACUGGGCCGCAGCGGCUCCAGUGCGCUGGAUCUAUUCCUGGACCAGGUGGAGGAACAUCGCUUGACCAUCAGUGCGCAUCGCUCGGUCGCGCAGCAGAUUCUGAUAGAUGAGAACUUCCAGUGGAACGACAAAGAGCCGCUCGCCAACCGCGAAAAGAUCCUGGCCCUAAUUCGGGAAAAGGACCAAUUCAAGAACAUUGAUCCGCAGGACCUUGACCCGAUCCCCGAGGAGCUGAUCAAAACUCGCCAGAAGAAGCUGGAGGAGGACCAGCUGCGCCUGGCGCAGCUCGAAGAGCAGCGGAAGCAGUACUUCACCCUGCUGCUCCUGCGUGUCUUCCGCCAGCGUGACACCAUGCCCCCGUGGGAAGAUGCGCGAGAGCGUAUCAAGCACUACCCGGAGUUCCAGUCAAUGGCUGCCGAGGAAUCUGUAAUGAAGGAGGUGUACGAGCAAUUUUGCCGCGAGGGACCCGCUCUUCCGUUGAACACGCCGGGCCUGCCGCCGUCCCGGAAGCGGCCGUUGGCAUCCACAGUGGAGCUCGAUUAUUGA